AUGAAUCAUGACUUUGGGAAGCGAAUGAACGCACCAAACGGUGUCAUUGGGGGCAAUAUCCCGAUGCACUCACAACCACGUAACAACAUGGUGGACUACGACCCUGACGAUGUGAUCGAUGACCUCUCUGAUAGGUUCUCAUCGACUAUAAUGGAGGAUCCUUACAUGGAUAGAGCACCAAAUGAAUACCAACUAUAUCAGAUGAUGAUGCAACAACAACAACAACAACAGCAACAGCAACAGCAACAACACCGACAACUUCAACAUCCAUACUUAAACGUUGGUGGUCCACAGAUGAUGGGAAUGAAUGUACCAAAUGAUUACAUGUACUCAAUGGCAGCACAUGGUAUUAAUAUGCAGAAGCCUCAGUUGAUGUUUGAGGACCCGGUGGACAACACAAACUAUCCAUUCUUGCCAAAGAUACGCGAGAAGCCCAACGCCAUGGUACCACUCGACCCCAUGUUUGACAAGGCCCGCCUCAACUUUGUCAAUGGCACCUUCGUGCGCACCAAGGAGCAGGAGAAGCUGAUCUUCCCGCAUCCCUACGAGUACGAGCUCAACCAUCUCACCUAUCUGCCCAAGCAACAAGUGGCGUGCAAGGAGCAGGUGUCCAAAGGCCUGGACGAGACGGCCUACACAUGGAUCGACCGCGUUGACCAGUUGGCGGCACUCUGUGACAAGCUGAACUCCGUCGAGGAGUUUGCCGUCGACCUCGAGGCGCACAACUUCCGCUCCUACCAAGGCUUUGUCUGUCUGAUGCAGAUAUCGACGCGAACCGAGGACUUUAUCAUCGACACAAUCAUACUGCGAUCGCACAUGCAUCGCCUCAAUGUGCCCUUCACCAACCCACGCAUCGUCAAGGUGCUGCACGGCAGUGAGAACGACAUCAAGUGGCUGCAGCGCGACUUUGGCAUCUACAUUGUCAACAUGUUUGAUACGGGCCAGGCCUCCCGUCUGCUGGACUUCAACUCGUUCUCGCUGGCCUUCCUCCUGCGUCUGUACUGCAGCGUCGACGCCAACAAGCAGUUCCAGCUGGCGGACUGGCGCAUCCGACCGCUGCCCGAGGAGCUGAUCAAGUACGCCCGCGAGGACACUCACUACCUGCUCUACAUCUACGACCGUCUGAGGAACCAGCUGCUCACGUCCAAGGCGCCCGGCACCUCGUCCGCCGUCAACAACCUGCUGGAGGUGCUCCGACGCAGCAAGGAGCUAUGUCUGAUGAAGUACGAGAAGGAGGUGUUUGACGAGAACACAACAUACUUGGAGUAUGCCAAGCGCGUUGGACUUAACUAUGCCGCGCCACAGAUGAGGAUAUUCAAGAUACUGCACAAUUGGCGCGAGAGGAUUGCACGUGAAGAGGACGAGAGUCUGCGAUACAUCCUGCCAAACACCAUCCUGAUGGAGAUCGUCGAUCAACAGCCCACCUCGGUUCAGGAGUUGCUGGCGUGCUGCUCCCCAGUGCCUCCCCAGCACAUCAAGAGUCAUUGCCAUGAGCUGAUACAAGAGAUCCACAAGUCCAAGACAAUGGGAGUGGAUGGUGGCGCCUCUGGACCAGGCAGCAGCGCAAGUGAUCCAGCCAACAAGCAGUACAACACGGGCUUGAUGAAUGGUAUGGGCGCACGAGGCAUUGCUGGCCAGCCCAUUGGUCAGCCAAUCCAGACCCAGCAGCAACAGCUACAGCAACAACAUCUGCUACAACAGCAUCAAUUACAGCAGCAACAGAUUGUCUACCAACAACUCCAGCUCCAGCACCUUCAACAACAAAUCCAGCUCCAACAACUGCAACAUCUUCAGCAGCUACAACAUCACAACCAGCAGGCGCCUGGCUCCUCUGGUGUCCAGUCACAGUACCAGCAACAACAGCAACUUCAACAGCCACAACUACCACAGCCACAACAACAAAUCCAUCAACAACAACAACUUCAACAGCCACAACUUCAACAACCACUCCAACAACAACAGCUACCACAGCUUCCACAGCUGCCACAGAGCAAACCCUCUGUUGAGAAUGGCCAGCAGCAGCAACAGGUCUUCACAUCGAUUACCUCGCCCAAUGUAGUCUACCCACCAUCCCAUUCACAGAGCCCAGUCCUAUCGACGCAUGAGCUGUACAAGACAGCAGGCUGGCUCGAGUCCAACCAGGAACCAAUCCCCUUCCAGCCAUUGAUGAACCCUGCGCCAAGAAAGGGCUCCCUGGGCGCCAGUCAGCUACCUCAACCAACAGCCCCACACACAACAACAGAGCCCACCAAGCAAGAGUCAGUGGCUGCAGUGGACAACAAGGCUGAACAACAACAAAAGCAUAAUAAGAAGCAGCAACAACAGCAGCAGCAUCACCAACAGCCAAUCACUCAAACGCAACAACCACAACAAUCUGUGCAACCACUGCAACAGCAGCAGUCUGCUGUAGCCAAGACAACGACUGGCGAAACUGCGGCCAUACCACCAAACUUGUACAAACCAAUAAUGGAUAACCUCAAGAGCCAAGCGCCCAACCAACCGAUACUGGAUGUGGAAUCUCUUGAGGAUGACGAUGAUGACGACGACGACGUUGACAACAAGUCCACCAAGUCAAACGACAUGGAUGAGAACGAACUAAUUGAGUCAUACCUGUCCGACUCUGGCGAGGAAGAGAUUCCCAAGAGUAUGGAGGAGAUCUUCCAGCUGUCCAAUCUCAACAGAAGGAGAAAUAAGGAAAAGAAGAAGCUAAAGGAGACGACAACGCAUGUCCCACCCACAGCCAAUCCGACCUCCUCCUCUUCGUCAUCGAUGGAGACACCAUCCAAACAGAAGAAGGGCGAGCUGCUAGACGCCGACCCCAUUGUCUUUAUGAAGGUGAUUGGAUGGAUACCCGAUGGAGGCACUGUCCGUGCCACCUCGCCCACAACCGUCUUCCCAGCGGGCGGCAGCCACGAGCAACACCAGCAACAACAGCAAAUGACCCAUCAGAGAAACUUGGCCUCGCACCCAAUGUCGCAGUCCAAGCUGAGGGACCAGCCAAAGAAGACGAGCAAACAGUCGCAUCACCACCAGCACCAUCAUCACCAGCUGCAUCCACACCAGCAGUUCACCGCGCCCUACGACUUCACACCGACGCCAAUGCACAUGCAAACGGCCCAGCAGCCUCCCCAACUCCCACAACACUAUCCACCACAAUCUUCCAACCAGCCAAUGUUCUCCAACCUCAACGAGCAGCCAUUGCAGAGUAAUCCCAAGAAGAAGACCACGACCUCCAUGCGAUCGGGGGCAAAGUCCUCUUCCUCCUAUGUUUCCAAUCAACCAGUCAUGUUUAUUGUACAUACCGUUGUUGGUGGUGGAUGGUGGAUGGUUGAUGGAUAG